AUGGAAAAGCUGAGUGUGGAAAUAUUGAAACAAAUAAAAUCAAACACCCAAAUUAGGUAUUAACAAGAUGACAAUUGUGCUGUUAUAUCUGUACAUGGACCUUACUAAAUUGGAUCAUAAAAAGCAAACUAAUGUAUUAUAAUACAUCGAUUUAGAGGCUAUCCUUGACAUACAGAUCAAAUUUGAGUAGGAUAAAUCUUUAGAAUAUUAAUUGAAAUCCAUAUUUGAACAGGCUCUCAAUUUACAAGAAUACCCCUAGUAACAAAUAAGAGUUUCUUGCAUUAUCUAAAUUAAUUCAAUCAAUGUAUACAUCAAAUUUCAAACAUCAAAUAGAUAUUUUCAACUUUAUGCAAUGGAAUAAUGAUAGCCUUAUUGCAUCAAGGCAUAUCCAUGAGCAAAUCCAUCUAUAGUAUUACAAUAGGCAACACUCGUUUAGUAUUUCAAUAGAUCACUAAUGAUUUGCUCUUUGUAGACAACAAAAAGUCAUAACCAAUUGAUUAGACCAUAGACUAAAUUAAAGAAGGAAUAGGUAAAGCUCAACUGUUUGAAUAAUGGCUUCGCAGUUAUUUAUAUGAAUAUUAUGUUAAUAAUAAUUUGUUAUGA